UAAUGCAAGCAUUAAGAGAGAUGACAUUAAGUCAAAUAAUUUUCUUGAUAAUUGCAAGCUGCAAUCGAGCUGAGAAUUUCACGUGCGAAAAUGAGAAGGAAAUUAACGAAAUGGAAAUGAUGCGAAUGCGAGAUGAAAUGUCCAGAGCGUGUCCCGAACACAUCAGGGAGAACUGAGAAUCGAGAACGUUUUUGUAGACCCCGAUGGAUGAAAACCGCAUGCCAAGUGUUAAAUGUCAGCCACGCUUUUUAAUGCAAUUGAGCGACGCGUUGGUGCAGCACAUGAAUGGUUUACUACCAGCAGCCUGCCGCCGCUGAAUGGUACGGUGCUGGGUCCGGUGUUGGUCCCCAGCAGAGGAUUAUGUACAUGCAGUAUGUGCAGCCAGGACGCACUCAUGCCCGCUCCACUCAAGCAGCCAGCGCCCUUGUGGCCGGCGAAUCUGUUGCCACUGGCACCUAUCUGAAGGAUUGCAAUCACGCAGAGUCCGAUGUCGCAGUCAGCGUUGAUGACAGCAGCGCCGAGGGCGCCCAGGCCGAUGAUGUCCUGAGCGCUGCCGGUGCCCAAGGUGCCACCUCUGUGGCCGAGGCCUACCCCGAUGAGGCUCCCGUCGUCCAGGUUGCCGUCGACAACGCCGCCGAAUCCGAAGCCGAGGUCGAGGCUGAGGUGCCAGCUGCUGUAGAGAACGAUGAUGCCGCCAAGGUGCCACGCGAUUUCAACUUUGCCGCCGAGGAAGCCGCUGCCGCUCCCGUCGAGACUGAAGCUGAGGAACCCGCCGCUGUGCCCGCUGUUGAGCAAGCCGCUGAGGAAGAGUUGCCCGCCCCCGCUCCAAUUGCUCCUGUCGCUCCCGUUGUGCCAGCCAAGCGUGUUCUGCCCGUCCAGAAGAAGAAGGUCAUCGUUGAGCUCGACCAGUCUGCCGAUGAUGUUGAGGAGGCUCAAGUUGCUGCCAUUGAGGAUGAAGAGGCCGAGAACGCUGUCGCCGAUGAUGUCGAGGAGGAUGAUGAGGAUGUUGUUGAGCCCGUCAAGCCCGUUGUCGUUAAGCGUCGCCCAGCUGCUCGUCGUCCAGCUGCCAGACAGCCAGCUCCUGCUAAGCCCGCCAAGAAGCCACUGCCCGCUGGCACCUUCUUCCCCAUUGACUUCGGUGGCACCAACGGUGGCGCCAUUGCCAUUGCCAACUCCUUCAGCACGGGCGAGGGCGGCUCUGCCACUUCGCACGCCAUCGCUUAUGGUUCUCCCGAUGCUGCUCGUGCUCGCGUCCGUCCCAAUCCCAGCAAGCGUCGCCAUUAA